AGAUAAAGAAGAGUCUACCAUGUACGGCUGGCUUUUCCAUGAAAUCGUAAAUCAGUCCACCACGAUCGAUCUGACCGAGACACUGAGAAUACAGUUCAUCUUCAGCGCCUCUUUCUCUCUCCCUUUUCCAUUAUCGUCCACACCAAAGCUCCAAGGUUCAACUGUUUCUGUUUGUGCCAGCCGACUUUACUGAAUCUGCACCGAUUCAUCCGUUUCUAUUCUAUAACUGAGUUCAGGAAAGAGGGAUGGCGAGUCGAGUAAAGGAGGAUGAGAAAAACGAGAGGAUUAUUCGGAAUCUACUUAAACUUCCCGAGAAUCGGAGAUGCAUCAACUGCAAUAGCUUGGGGCCUCAAUAUGUCUGCACAAAUUUCUGGACUUUUGUUUGCACAAACUGCAGUGGGAUACAUCGGGAAUUCACUCAUCGAGUAAAAUCAAUAUCAAUGGCCAAGUUCACGUCACAAGAAGUUGCUUCUCUUCAAGGAGGUGGAAAUGCGCGCGCUAAGGAUGUUUACCUUAAAGAGUUGGAUUCACAAGGGCGUUCUUUCCCUGAUAGCAGCAAUGUUGAGAAGGUUCGAGAUUUUAUCAAACACGUCUAUGUUGAUAGAAGAUACACCGGUGAGAAGAGUUUUGACAAACCACCAAGAGUGAAGAUGAAUGAACCAGAAGAUUCCUAUGUAAACAAGAAGAAUGAUGCAUAUCAAACUGGAUCCAGAAGCCCUUCUGAGGAUGGAUAUGACCGUCGUUAUGGUGACAAGCCAAGUCCUGGUGGUAGAAAUGAUGACAGAAAUGUUUUUGAUGGGAGAAGUCCAGGUUAUCAAGAAAGUCGACAAUAUGGUGAUUACCGGAAAAGCCCAGCCCGUGCUGAAGUUGUGAAUGACUGGCGACGUGAAGAUAGAUUUGGGAAUGGGAGAAAAACAGAGGAUACAAGAUCACCUGAUCGCCAAAGAGAUGUGGAUAUUUCUAGCCCCCCCAUGGCUCGGCCUGUUAGGGAGAUUUUGGGCGAGAAUGUAUCGCCUCUUCGGAUUGAACCUCCAAAAGAUAAUGGUACUGGGCGCACUCAGAGAAGUGUUUCAUCCAGUAGCUUGGCAUCUUCUAAUGGAAACCCACCAGAAAUGAAAAAUGAGAAUUUAGGAUCUCUUAUUGAUUUCGACGCAUUUGCUGAUCCUCCUCCUCCACAGACUCAGCAAGUUGUUCCAGACAAAUCCACUGAACAGCUAUCUACUUCGUCCAAUGCUGACAACUGGGCUUGUUUUGAUUCUGUCCCCAGCACAAUAGUAUCUUCUGCUCCUUCAAAUGCCAAUGCAUUCGACUCUGUACUUUCACAACUUUCUGCUCCAACAUCUGACAACAUAGCAGCUCUCCCUACUGCAACACCUCCAAUGCAAAUGUCUGCCUCGAACUUUGGCAGUAACUUUCAAGCUAUUUCUUCUCCUGCAAAUAACUUGACCAUGUUCCCCCCUGCACACUAUCCAUUAGCAGCAUCAGGCGCUGGUCCCUCAAAUAACUUUGCUCCAUUUCCGAAUACGGUGAAUUCCCAUGUCACGGUUAGUGGUGCAGGACAGUGGUCUGGCAUGCCUUUUGAGCAACGUUCCUCCUUUCCUGCAGCUGGUAAUCAGCCUGCUGGCCAAUCAUUAUUUGCUCCUCCUGUUGGUGGAUCCCAAAAUAAUCAGUCCUGGAAUUCGUUCAAUGUCCCAACUACUCUUGCUUCUUCCAGUGUCUCUGGCUCAUUACCUACCUCUGUGACAGUCCCUGCUGCUGCUCCGGCUCAGUCUACUACAUCGGAGCCCAAAUCUGCCUCACGAAACGAAUUGCCCCAGGAUCUUUUUACCUCAACUUAUCCAUCCUAUGGGGCAAUGCCAGGCUGGCAAACUGCUAUGCACCCGGGAUUUGGGCACCAAAUGCAAUAUAAUACUGCAAUGCAUAUGGCACAAUCACAAGUAUCGAAGUCUAGCAAUCCAUUUGAUCUUAAUGAUGGAGCACCUUCACAUCAGGUUUCAGCGUUUCCUGCCAUGGGAUCUUUGCAAGGUGCCUUGCCAAAUUUGGCAGCUCCUUCAAGCUUGUUGCACACAUCCAACACAGGUCCCCCUUUACCAAUGUGGGCUCCCCAGUCAUCUUAUCCGUCUUCUGUUCCUCAGGCGCAAUCAUAUUUCCCAACAAUGCCUUCCAAUGCAUUAAUGGCACAGUCGGUACAUAACAACAUGCCCAACAUGCCUAUGAGUGGUAGACCUCAAGGGGGGGUGAUGGGUUUCGGUAUGGAGGGUGGGGGUGGGUCCGCAUUUGUGUCCUCAAAUCCUGGCCAGGAGCAUCAAAUAUAUUCACCACCAACUGCAGCAAAUCCUUUUCCAAACAUGGGAGGGAACCCAUUUGGAUAGCUUAAGAAGACAAUCAAGUUUGGUCAUAUAUCCUAGUUUGUUUGAGUGGCAAAAUGUUGCAUCUCUUUAUUAUUGCAGAUGAUUGGAUCUCAAUGUUGAAGCCACCCACAUGAAGUUUGUUUUCAUGUUUAAAGGAAUCCUUAUUCCACAAAGUAGAACUGUUUGAUAUUGGAAUUGUGAUAGACUUAUAUAUAGAGAGAUAGAGGAAUGUUAGUCUAGUGAGUUCUUGGUGCAGAAUUUGUGUUCGAGUCUAUGCCUACCGCCUCGAUUUGUAUCAGUCAGAUUUGUUGACGUCGUCUGUGAUUGUAGCUAUUUCCUGGAAUGUCUGUGUUUGUAAAUACCAUUUUGAUAUUACUUUUGUUGAAUUUCAAUGGUUUUCAUUAA